CAUUUUGUCACCAAACACAGACCUGUAAGAAAUUGCAGACGUCGUAAGCAAGAUGGACUAUCGGUACGUGGACCAACAGGGGUCACAACGAACUGCCUCCCACGAAGACCAGCAGAGCGGUUUGCCGCAUCAUCAGCAACAUUUACAACAUCUGCCACAUUUCAGUCACCAGCACUCCCUGCAACCGCCGCCACAUCAACACAUGCACCAUGUAUCACAACCUGUGUUUGUUGCUGCUGCUCCGCAUAGUAGCAGGGAAGCUUACAACAGUCGGAGACAGAGUGGACAAGAUCUGCAAUCUAUAUUAGAAGUGGCUGGUCUUGUGCCGGUACGUCCGCCUUCCCACCACCCCCAGCAUCCGCACCAGACCGACCAGCAACGUCAGCCGUCGGACACCAGACCUAUGCAACUCCUCUCUGAUGGGGGACAACUCCCGAGAGACUACAGCAACGUUCCGCCGUCCCUCCAGCAACACCAGCAGCCUCAAGAAGACUACCAGAGGGACUUUGGAUCACACCUCCCCCAGACAUCCGGCAUCAACUCGCGCCAGGACUCCGGUCUGGUCGAUCUCUCCGACCGACCUCAACAGAGGAACCAAGAAUCUCAGGAGAAUAACAACGAUAGCGAUCUUGAACCGCCUAGCAUUCUGAGAGAGAAGCAACACCCGGGGCCGCUACCGCCGGCUUCAUCACCACCUAAACUACCUCAAGGACUUGUGUACUGUUUUUCUGAGAAUGAUAAGAAGAAGGUGAUAGGAGUGAAGGCCGAGAAGACGGUUGAGAAUGGAACAGAGUUUGGCGUAUUCCUUGGAGCUCUGGUGGAUGAAGCAUCUGGAUGUGUUGAGGAAUCAUCCUGGGAAUUAUGUCUCCUUGGCAAGAUUCUCUAUUAUGUGGAUGGCAAGUAUAAACGUAAUGAGAACUGGAUGUUACAUGUACAAUGCGCUAGGAACGCAAAGGAACAGAACAUAGAGGCCGUACAACGCUACGGGUAUAUUCAUUUUCAAACAACCAAGAUGAUCGAACCUGGGUCUGAAUUACGAGUCUACUACAGCGACGACUACGCCAAACACGCAGGCUUCAAGAUCAAAUUAAAUGACCUCAGCUAUAAGGAAGAGACGGAUAACUUCCAAUGCAAGGAAUGUCAGUGUUUCUACAAAUCUGCUAAGCGCAUGAUGCGACACAUCAAACUAGCUCAUGACUCUGAACACACGGGUGAAAUACGACCGUUAUUUACUUGGGAAGUUAAGAAGAAGCUCACCGAAAUCAGACAACCAUCCUCGACUCAUCCGGUCAGAAACGCCGACAACCGAUUUAUAUGCGUGACAUGCGGCAAAGACUUUCCAACCAGAGGACGGCUGGCGGCCCACGAGACUUUCCAUGAUUUCGCUGGUGGGAUGUACGUCUGCGACCAGUGCGGGGAAGCGUGCGAAAAUGCAGAGAUACUGACAAAGCAUAUUUUAAAGCAUCAAGGCCGACCAUUUAGAUGUGAGAUAUGUAGUAAGAUAUUCACCACAAAGACCAGCCUACAUCAGCAUGAACGAGAGGUGCACGGCUGGCGAUGCACCAAGUUCUCUUGUCAGACUUGUAAACAGGAAUAUGAGGAUUUAGCAGAAUUCAAGAAACACCAGUGUAACAAUUCUGGCAAAACAGUACAGAAAGAAGAUGGAAUAAAAAAUGAUAAAUCAACAGCUUCCACGAGAGCUACAAGUGAAGAUGGAAAGGGUAAGGUUUCCGACAAGCAAGCGGAAGUCUCGUCGGCGUUUCCCGUUGAUAUGCUUGGAAAGCGGUUCUCGUACUUUGACCGCCCGCGGCCGUACAAGUGCCGUCACUGCGGCAUGAAGUUCCGACAGUACAACCAGCGGAAAUACCACGAGCAGGAAGCGCAUGAAGGUAAGGGUACCUACCAGUGUCCACAGUGCUCACAGAGAUUUGCUACCAGAUGUAACCUUGAUACCCAUCUUAAGAAACAUAAUCCCAUCAGACCGUUCCAGUGUCAGCUUUGCGACCGAUCCUUCGCGUCAGCGAAUGCUCUAUCCAACCAUCAAGGGGAACAUACGGGGGCAAAACCUUACAAGUGUACAGUGUGCGAUCGAGGAUUCAGAACGCAGAAACUCAUGGGAAAGCAUCGGACGCGUAUGCACGGCAAACGCGAAAAGCGCUUCGCCUGCUCCUUCUGCGACAAGCGCUUCAUGGAGCGAUCGAGCUGGCGGAACCAUGAGAGGCGUCAUAAAGGUAUCCGACCCCACGUGUGUUUGGUGUGCGGGAAGGGAUUCUCCAGCAAGGACUCUAUGGUGGUGCAUCAACGUAUUCAUACGGGAGAAAUGCCAUUUCAAUGCGAUAAAUGUGGAAAAUCAUUUAGGAACAACCACAAUCUUACAGCUCAUCUUCUACAUCACACUGCAGAAGGUCACCCAGAUAACAUCUAGGAAUGUAUUACACUGAAGGCUGAAAAACAAGGUCUUCACGACAAAACAGUGGCUGGACAUAGUGGCUCAGUGGUAGAUUGUCUGCCUCCUGACAU